AUGGGUCGUGUCAGGACUAAGACUGUCAAGAAAGCUGCCCGAGUGAUCAUUGAGAAAUACUAUGGCCGCAUUGGCAAUGACUUCCACACCAACGAAAGCGAGAAGAUUGCCAUCAUCCCCAACAAGAAAUUUCACAACAAAAUUGCAGGGUAUGUGACACACUUAUUAAAGCAGAUUCAGCAUAGGCCUGUCAGAGGCAUCGCUAUCAAACUGUAGGAAGAAGAGCGGGAGUGAAGAGAUAAGUAUGUCAGAGAGGUUUCCGCUCUGGAUCAAGAGAUGAUUGAGGUGGACCCAGAUACCAAGGAGAUGCUUAAGCUGCUGGACUUUGGCAGCUUGUCCAAUCUGCAGGUCACAGAGCCUUCAGUAGGAAUGGCUUUCGGGACUCCAAGGAUCCAAAAUUAUUUAAAGAACAGUUUCUUCAACAGGAAGAAGAGAGACACGGCAUCUUUCACAUCUCGUCUCAAAACACUUCAGAGCUACCUAGCAGCCAUUUGGCAGGCAAAAGGUCUGCACAAACAUCACUCAGAGUUGGACACAUUCAUGCAAGACCUGGGCAGCAGGGAAGCAGCCCACUGGAAGUUUAAACUUCCCUGGCAAUUCCUACGUAUGUCUGGGCAUCAGAACUUCCACAAGGUCCUGAUGAGCAUUUUCCGAUGA